AUGUCCUCCUCCGAUGGCGACGAUGACAAGAAGCCGCCAGCUCGUCGAACUGACAACAACAAAAAGCCUCCCCCUCGUACGUCCAUCCGUAAUCCUUACAACCAAAGCAUUCCUGUUUCAGAUCACAUGCGUCGUGCCGGAGAAGAGCAUCCAGUCGCUCGAAAACCAUUCGCACGCAUGAGUACCAGUGGAAAGGCUCCACGAAGUCAGUAUCCCCGCGGUUACACUCAGUACGCACCUGAAGAAGAUGAUGAACCCAACCCGUCUGUUGCAAGUCGCAAAGCCCCCGAGUACACCGAGUCCUCCGAACGUCUCCGAUUCACUCCAUUCUAUCCGAGUUCGGCAUCAGCUGUCCUGCCUACACAGGAUUCUCCAGGAACUGAAGUUGUCAAGAAACGCCGUUCCACUUUGAAGUCGAUCCGUCCUGGAUCUAAAUUGCUUGAUGAAGACUCUGUGUACUAUCACGUCCCGGUCAUUGAAGCUGCUGAGAACCGCAAUGAACCACAAGGUACUCCACCAAAGGUGGCACCGGCGGGAUUGAUGGACAACAAUCCUCCCACACCCAAGGAAUUUCUUUCGCAAUUGAUCGACAACAACAUCGACGGAUCCACCGAAGGUCGCGCCAAGAACAGCAACGACGAUGAAGACGAUGAGUUCCCACUCGAAGACUUUGUCCGUCUUGCAUCCAGUACGUUAACUCUUUGUGAACGCUGCUACACCAUCAUUGACAAACUCAAGGAGGAUGGAGUUGUCCUCAUCCAUGUUGUCCAGCAUUAUUAUUAUGCAUGCAACAAACCGUAUCUGAACACUGGACGUGAAAUAGCUUGGAAGUUUGACGACCACCUCCUCAAGCAACCCAUUUAUUGGCUUGCGCAGUCUGGCUACCCAUUCCCACGUCCAGGAGAUGAGUUUGCCAUGAUGGGAAUGUACUUUCAUCCUGACAAGUUCAUCGAAAUGCUCCAGAUGCUGCACUUCGCCAUCAGCAUGGAGUAUUUUUGGUUCAGGAAGGUGGCAACCGGCUUCAACUGGAACCAUGAUGAGUAUGCUCGUCGCUUGACUUUCUUCAAAGAUCGUCAUCCAUUCAGUGGCUGGAUGACCCGACCAAGGGGAACGGCCGACGUUGAAGAGAUCAAUGAUCCAAUUCAGGAUCCUGACGAUGACGAUGACGACAAUGAUGACGGCACUGACAAUCAUGGUCCCGAUCGUGAUGGUGGUGGCAUUCAAAGCAAACGCCAACAACAUCGUGGACAUGUCACUGGUGGGAAUCAAGGCCGUCGCAAUGAAAGUCGCGCCACUGGACAAGAUCAAGUCCGCCACAGUGUUCGUAGCGGAGGUGACCGACAACUCCAACCAAACAAAGCUUACAUUCCACUCACGAUCAAGACCGGAACUUCAAGCAUCGAGUUCGGCAUGGGUGGAACCGAAGCAAGUCUUUCUUCAACCCCGAAGAUCACAGGACGUGCAAGUCUUAAGCGUCCACCUGACACAGACAACAGUGGCAAAAGCUAUGACACCGCACUUGUCAUCACCGACUCUGGAGACGUGGACGUACCCCCGCAGAUUGUGGAGGCACCGACGCAGAUUCCAAAGAAGGGCGCCACUUACGAGACUGCUUUGGAAAUAGCUUUGUCUUCCAGUUCUGAUAGUGGCGACCGAAAGCCAGCAGCGAAGAAGACGUCAUCGGCAACUCAAAGCACUGAUGAUUCCACUGAUGAUUCCGACGAAACCAGCGAAAACAACACCGAUGGUUCCUCCCCAGAAACACUCUCCAGUAUGAGUUCUCGUGACAGCCCACCAACGAGAGCCGCAAAAAAGAAAAGUACUACCAAGAGUGUUCGUCGUCGUCUUCAGUUGACCAAGGAGAAAGAGUCCAAGGAUGAAGAUUCAGAUUCCAGUUCGAAUGAUUCCGAUGCAGCGAAGGAACAACAGCAGCAUUGCGGUCAAGAUUCUGAAGUUGACGAUGAAGAUGAUUCAGAAGGUGGUCAAUCUUCCACCACAUCAUUGACUUAUUGA